AUGACAGAUCCCCGCACACACGAAGGAGCGCAGUCCUCGUUGAGCACUCCAACUGACCGAUCCUCGGAUUCGAAUCUCUCGGACCGAAAGAAACGCUUUCGCAAGGCCAGAGAACCGAGUUACGGCUCUGAAAUUUUCGUCAUUUUCUUUGCUGAGACCCGAGGGAGUCGGGGGAACCCCGUAGACUUUGGUGUACACAAUGGCUCCAUGUCAUACUGA